UUUGUUUUGGCUUGCGAGCUUUUGGCUAAAUACCCUUCAGUUUCCCGCGCGCAACGCACAACGAUCAACCGUACCAACUAGACGAGUUGAGCCGAGUUGAGCCGCCACCACCAUACCAACUUUAUACACACAACACAAUUCAACGAAGCAAGGUCCCCCACUCUAAAUCGCACAACAGCAAGAACGGAAGUACUAGUCAGUCGGCGAGCGACCUUCCGACAUUACGGGUUAACUUUUUCCCCCUCCCUACAAAUUGUAUUGUAUUGGUCUGCGUAAUCUUGUCUCAGUCAAAAGCAUUGUUGUGCAAGGAUAUACCACCCACAUACAUAGUUAUUGCCAUUGAUCAAUCAUCACUUACUACCAUUGUUAUAUUUGUCAAUCAAUUUGCCCUUGCUUAAAAAAAAAAAAUCCCCUAUUUCAAAUCUAACACAUCCGAGCCAAAAAAAAAAAAAAUUUACAAAACAAUUUUUUGUAUUGUAUUUAUUUACAAUUUCAAUAAAACACACAUAUAAAAUUGAUUGAAAUACUUUUUAUUUAUUUUUAUUUUUCAUUUAUAAUAUUAAAAAUAUAAAUUGAAAAUAUAUCUAUUGGAAAACAAUUUUUUUGAUCGUUAAUCACGAGUGAUAUAUUAAGUAUAAAAUAACAAUAAAAUAGUGACACAUAAAAGUGAUAAUAAAAGUUGCCAAAAAAAAGCGUAGAUAAAAAAUAAUAAUAAUAAUUUUAAUAACAAUAUAAAUAAUAAUAAUAAAGCCGGUUAAUAGCCAAUUGCAAUAUUGUACUUGUUGAUUGGUGAUUGGUGGUAUUUCCAAAGUAUCAUACUUGUGUAAUAUUUUUAUUAUUAUUUUUUUUUCGUCUGAAAAUAUUUCUGGCACAGUGAAAUAAAAAUAAUAAUAUAUACGUAAUAAUAAGCAAACUUUGUGUUGAUAAAUAAAAAAAAUAAAAAAAGUUUUGUUAAAGAAAAAAUAUAAGCGUUUCCUUUUCGUUAAAUAUAUAUUUCAACACGUGGCGUGAAAAGUGUUAUGCGGCAGUAGAAAUAUCACAGUCCGUGCCGGCCGGAUCAGUUGCCGGUAUUACCGUUGUAACUAGUUGUCAUUAAUAACAAGAGUUUAUUUUUUGUGAGUGGCUAAAACAAAAUAUAAAUAAAAAUAAAUAAAAUCAUUCAAAAUACCAAGACUAAAAGUGUAUCGUCAUAAUAAAAAUCAUCAUUUUAAAGGUGAUUGUGAAAAAAUUUGUAAUCGCAUAUUAAAUUGUCAAGUGGAAGAAAAAAAAUCCGAGUGGUACAGCGAUUGUAUUAGAGAAGAAAAUAUUGGUGUGGCUUCGGCCCCAUUGGCUCAAUCAUCAUCGAGCACCUUGGCUCGGAGCGCAUCGGGCCCCGGGGCUGCUGUGGUGGGUUGCCUCGUUGGGGUCUACCCGUGCUCCUCAUCCACGGGACCCAGGGGCCCCCUACCACAUCAAUUGGUUCAACCACAUCAGGGUUGUCGUGCUUGUUGCUGUCCGCAUAAUAAUCAAACAACACCAUCGGUACAGCUAACAAGUCAACGAGCCGGUUUAUCAUUGCGAGUAGCAAGGGUGGCAUCUACCACCUCUGUUCGCACUGCCCCUUACGCACAUCCACAGCAUCAAAGUCUGGCCCAGGAGUGUCGGUGUAGGGAAGAGUCGAGUGCAGCAGGUGGAGGUAGUUCACACAUUCUCGGCAGCCCGAUGCUAUUCCUUCCAAUAGUACCAACAUAUCCCACAACACUCCCAACACAACAUCCAAUUCAUCAAACACAUCAUCAACUUGGUGGUUCAUUGCCAAAUCCAAUACAACAACAAACAUCACAAAUCACUCAAUUAAGCCAAUUGAAUCAUCCAAACCAUCAGGGAAUUGGAAUUGGUACACCAACAAAUAAUCAUACAAGCAUUCACAGUGCCAAUUGUUCACCACCAAUAACACAACAGCCACAACAACAACAAUCCCAACAGCCAUCACAACAACAAUCCCAACAGCAAUCACAACAACAAAAUCAACAACAACAGCAACAACAACAGCAACAGGCAACAACACCCAACAAGGAAAUGAAAGUCAACUGGGCAACGUCACCGGGAAGCCAACCGAAGCAGGAUACUAGCAAACACUACCACAUAUUCGUUGGAGAUCUGAGUCCAGAAAUUGAGACACAAACUUUAAGAGAAGCUUUUACACCUUAUGGAGAAAUCUCAGACUGCAGAGUUGUGAGAGAUCCACAAACGCUCAAAUCUAAAGGAUAUGGUUUUGUUUCGUUUGUAAAAAAAGUGGAAGCAGAAAGUGCAAUUAGUGCAAUGAAUGGACAGUGGCUUGGAAGUAGAAGUAUUAGAACGAAUUGGGCGACACGUAAACCACCACCUCCAAAAUCCGAAGCCAACGCCAAACCAUUGACUUUCGACGAGGUAUACAAUCAAAGCAGUCCAACAAACUGCACGGUCUACUGCGGUGGUCUUACAAAUGGUCUUACGGAAGAACUGAUGCAGAAGACCUUUUCGCCUUUUGGCUCAAUCCAGGAAAUUCGAGUCUUCAAAGACAAGGGUUAUGCCUUCGUGAGAUUUUCAACAAAAGAAUCAGCAACACACGCGAUCGUUGCUGUUCAUAAUACUGAUAUCAAUGGUCAAACAGUAAAAUGUAGUUGGGGAAAAGAAAGUGGAGAUCCAAAUAAUGCCCAACAAACUGGACAAGCACUAUCCUCGGCAACAUAUCCGUAUUAUGCUGCAGCAGCUGCAGCUGCGGCUGCGGCUGCAGCUGGUGUUAGUGGUGUUGGUAAUGUUGGUGGAGUUGGUAGUGUUGGUGGAGCUGGUCAACUUGGCUAUUGGUAUCCUCCUCAAUCUUAUCCAACGACUGCUGCAACGCAAAUGCAAGCUGGUGGCUUUCUACAAGGAAUGCAAGGAUAUACGUAUGGACAAUUCGCUGGUUAUCAACAGGCACAAUAUAUGGGAAUGGGAAUGGGUGUACAUGCGGCGAGUACGGCAGCUGGAUGGGGUCAAGGUUUACCUGGUGGACCACAAUUACCACCUCAUCAUGCAACAACAGCACCUCCUGGUGUACAAGCAGCCCCACCACCACCCCCACAAACAGCACAAAUGAUGGCCUAUCCAAUGCAACAAUUCCAGUGUGUUCUUGGUUGCGGUCCAGCUAGCGGAUGAGGACUGGCUGACGCCUAGCCUCCUAGUGUGAUGGUAAGCAAGCGUCCCUCACCGACAGAAACAAUCGUUAAUGCCACGACCAUCUCCACGAAUGACACAACCAACACCAGCAGAAUGACCCAAAUCGCCACAAGCAAGAGUGUGACAGCACGAGCAUCAAGGGAUAAAGAAAAACCAAGUGGGGAUGGUGGUAGUAAUACUGAAGGAAUAGAAAAAGGAAAAGGACGAGUAGCAGUAGCAGGAGGGGGAGGAGGAGGAGACGGAGGAAGAAGAUCCCAACAUUUCCGGGCAAUGCGACAUCCGAGAUAAAAAUAAUAAUAAAAAAUAGUUUGAAAAAAAAAAAAAAAGUCAGUCCAGAGGCAAACUUGAUCCAACUGUUAUAUUCUUUUUUGGUUCAUUAUAUUAAACUCAAAUUUCCCACGUUGUGUAAUUAAAUUUAAAUUCAAGCCCCACACGUACCAUAUAUACAUAUAUAUUUAUUUAUUUAUUUAUAAUAUAUGUAUAUUGUGUACAUCGUCCACACUCUGCAUUAUGGGUUAAAUAUAUUGUCAUGACAAGCGAGGAAUAUACAAACACGAUAUAGUAUUAGUACCGAGAACAAAAUACGCCUAUGUAAUGUAUAUUGUUUGGUGUUAUUCAUCUGUGAUGAUCGUCGCCACUGCUCAUUUUAAUCAUAUCGGAUUCCUUAACGAAAUAUUUGUAAUAACGAAAAUCAAAAAAUAAAAAAUAUAUAUAGAUAUAUAUUUAAUGAAAAAAAAAAAAAAAAAAAUUAAAAAUAAAAAAGUUCCUCGCGUGAUGAAAAAUAAUAUGAAAAUAAAAAAUUCUUCUAAUAAUUGUUGAAUUCAACAAAUUUUAUUUUUUUAAUUAUCAUAGAAUUUUUAAAAUGAAAAUAAUAUUAAUAAUUCUAAAAUUCAUUUUUUUUUAAUUUUAUUUUUUAACAAAAGACUGUAGAUUUGAUUUUUUAUUUAUUUAUUUUUUAUUCAUUGACAACCAGCCUCUUGACUCAUCUUUCUUUUUCCCUCAUCUCUCAAUCGCCUCUUACUCAGCCCACGGUGUUCUUAAGUGCGAGCGAGAGUGGAUUUCUAAUGGGUACGUUUCUAUUCGUUCCUAUAUAGUAAUCCGUUAUUUUUGUAUAGGUAGCUUGUACGUUCAAAAAAAUUGCCCGAAAUUUAAAAAAAGCAAAAGCAAAUUAGUGCGUGUAUGAAUAUUUAGAAAGGCCAAUUAAAAAAAUAAAUAAAAGUUUAGAAAAAUAAAUGUAAAUGUCAGCAAAUAUAAUUUUUAAAUAAUAAUAAUAAAUAUAUAAAUAUUUAAAAAACAAAAAUAAAAAAAUGUAAUUAAACACGAGUAGGUUUUAAAGAAAAAAAAAAAAAUUAUUUAUCCAGUGAUAAAGCCCCGAGGGUACUUGUGAUCAUGCGUAGCGCACAAAACGUCGCGGAGAUUUAACCGAGAUGGAAUAUAUAAUUUAAAAGAAAAAAACAAAAUUAAUUUUAAAAAAAUAGGUGCAAAAUUUACAAAAUACGCGCAAGGAGUUUAUUGAUAAAAAAAAAAAAAGAAUAAUUAAAUAAAGCAAAAUUAAAAAAAUAAAUAUAACAAACGAGUAAAAUAAAAAACAGUCCAACAUAGAUAGGUAGGUAUGUAAUACACAUAUUAAUAUAAUGUCAAGAUACAUAUUAUUAUAAAUCCGAGGCACAUACACGAUAAUUUAUUUCGAAAUAGUAAAAAAAAAAAAAAUAUUAAAUUCACGGGUGCAACUAUUGAGAUAACAAAAAAAUAAAAAUAGCAUUUACACUGGAAUUAAUUUUGACUGUAUAUUAAUUAUCUGACAUAAAAUAACAAUAACUCAAGAUAAAUAUAAUAAUAAAUGAUUAAAUGGUCCAGGAGUUUUAAAUCAAAAAAAAAUAAAUAAAAAUAAUACAUCAAAAAGUCACAAUAUACAUCGAAAAAAAAAAAAAAUUAAUUAAAUAAAUAAAAUAAUUAAAAUAAACGUAUAUACAAUUUUCAUGACAUUGCAAACUGUCAUCAAAUAUAAUAAUUAAAUUUUCAUUAGUUAAUACAAAUAGUCUCCGUGGUUCCGGUAUAUACAUUCAAUUUCAAUAUACGUAUAUGUAUUUGUAUAUAUUUUUAUAAAUAUUCAUAUAAAUAUUUAUGAAUACAUAAUACGUGUGUGUCGUGCAUUACGUGAUUAACAAUUGAGGCAAACCACGUUAGCAGCUGAGAUAAAAUGAGAUAGAUAUAUAGUGAGAAUAAAAAGAGAGAAAGAGUAAAAUAAAUAAAUAAAAUAAAGGGAAAUAAAUUUGUUGUCAAUUUAACGUAAUCGAAAUACACUCGGCAAUAAUUGCUUCCGAAUCACUGGUGUAUUUGAUACAGCAUGCCGAUUGCGUGUGACGCGUGAGUAGGAAAUGAGCGAACUAUUAAUUCGACAGGACCGUCCGGUUCAUUGAUGCAUUGGUCAAAUAUAUAUAUAAUAUUUGUAAAAUUCGUUUUGAACACCUAUUAUAUAUAUUUAAUUGAAAUACUCUCAAUAUACUCUUUCUCUCUUAAAAACUCAUCGGUAAACGGGUAUAUUUUAAAACACUAAAAAAUUAACAAAAAAAAAUUAAUUUGAAAAAACAAACAAACAAAAUAACAAAUAUUCUAUAUGAAAAUUUAGCUAUACUGAUUAAAAACAAAAUUAAAUGCUAAAUUAUUUCUGUCGAAAAAAUUUCACGUACGUAAAUUGUGCAAAAAAAAAAAAAAUUAAAAAAUUAAAUACACUCUAGUCUCAUCAGGUAAAAACUGCCUGCAAAUUAAAUGCAAAUUAAAAAUAAAAUUAACAAAAAAAAAAAUAAAUAAAUAAAUAAAAUAAACUUCUAAUAAAAAUAAAAUACAAAAAAAAAAAAAAACUAUUAAAUAUAAUAAAGUAUAAAAAAAAAAAAUUAUAGAUGAAAAAAAUAAAAAAAAAACUUAAAAAAAAUGAUAUAUAUGUUAUGAAUUAUGAAUUAAUAAAAUUUUCAUGCGGCUCAAAAGAGACGGACAUGCACGAAUAAACGUGGAAUAAGUAAGCAUACGUAUAGACUAGUUUAGAAUUAUGUAUAUUGGACAUUUCGCUGGCACAUCAUUUCAGCGAAUUUCGGACGUGAGAAAGAUAUAGAUUUAAUGACAAGAACAAAGUGGAUUCGAAGCACGUGACUCUGAGUCAAAGGAUGUGUAUAUUAUUAGUUAGGAAAAUAUAUAUAUAUAUAACAAUAUUUUUUUCUGUUUUUAUUUUUUAUUUUUUCAAUAACGAUAAAAGUUUUCAGGGUGAGUCGAGAGAUAGAGGGAAAAAAAAAGAAAGAGAAAAAGCGUAAUAAUACAAAGAAAAAAAAAAACAUUUACAAAGAAUAAUGAAAAAAAAUAAAAAAAUAAAAAGUACUUCUUUGAAUAUGUCAAUUGAAAAAAAAAAAAAAAACCAGCUGGUGUGAGAAAUAUUUUCCGUUUCUAUUAUUAUGGGGAUGAACGAGAUUAUAAGAGGAAUUCAAGAAUCAGGUUAUUGCAAUAAUCGAAAAAAGCUAUAGUCAAAAUUAUUGUACUUGCAUUGCACCACUCAUUCGAUCGUUUUCUUCGACAAAAUUUACCCACCCUCAACUAACCCCUACUACCCUAUAUAUUCCCGGUGCCACCUGGCCUCCUUGAAAAAAAAUUAAAAAAAUAAAUAAAUAAAAAAAAAAAAAAAACAACCAUUAUUACACUAUUCUAAGUGUUUUGCACGCUUUCAAGAAAUAAGAAAUCGAUUCUUCGUCUACAAAUUACUGCAAUUCACAGUACUCUAUUCUCUCGACUUGCUUUUCAAAGUUUUGAGGAAGGGGCAUCUACCAACCAAUAUUUUAUACCUUCCUUUUCACACAAACAAAAAAAAAAACUCAUAGGGAAUGUUAUUACCCUAUAUAAAAAAAAAAUAAAAUAAAUAAUAAUACUAAUAAAACAAAUGAAAAAAAAAAAAAAAAAAGAAAAUUCUAUGUUCGAAAAAGUAUAUAUACAUAUAUAAAUAUAUAAAUAAAUGAUUUAAAAAAUAAAACGAUAAAUAAAUUAAUGACAUGCAGAAUAAAUUAAAUUAAAAUAAAUAUAUAUAUAUAUACAAAUUGAAUGUAUUGGAGAUGAUGCUCAAUUAUCGAAUGAAGUGUAAAUAUAUUUGAAAAAAAAAAAACUGUAUAUUGAAAUAUUCACGCUUCAUUUAAUAUUGUUAUCAAUUUUCCUGAUACAUAAAUACAAAUAUAAAUUGAAAAAAAAAAAAAUACAAAUAAGUAUAUGCAUAUAUUGAAAAAAAAAAAAUGAAAAAAAAAAUGUAGCUGUUAGUUGUUAGACAAAAAAAAAUAAAUAAAUAAAUAAAUAUUGAUAGAUAAUUUAUUGUCUAUCAAUGAGUGAACUAUUAUUAAAUAUUGAAAAAAAAAAAAAAAAACUUAAAUACCCAAACGCAGACAUACACACAAACAUAAAAAACAUUAAAAAUAUAUAUACACACAUUGACAAAAACAUAUGUAUUGAAGCUAGUGAGAAUGAUGAGGCAUAAAGAUGUUGAUUAAAUAUAAUAUAAGUGGAGAAAGGAGUAUAUAAUAAUAGCUAUAAGGUCAUAAGUAAUAAGUAGAUAAUUAAUAAUAAUAUUAGCAAGACAAUUGGAACAUGCGGGGACAAGAGAUGCAAAAUAUAGUAUAAUAAAGUGGUAUACAUGUGCACAUAUUAAUUAAUAUAUUAUUAUAAUUAUAAUAGGAAAAUUGGAAAUUAUAUUAAAGCCAAAGGAAUAUUAUGUUGUAUUGAUUGUGGCUGUAUGUAACACAUAGGAACAAAAUGUUAAUGAUCAUUAAUCACUGAUCAAUCAGCACCAAAAUAAAAAAAACAAAAUAAAAAUAGUAAUAAACUAUAUAUAAUAAAUAACAAAUAAAAGCACGAUAGAUAAAAAUUAAUUUAAGACGGUGAGAGCCAAUUAAAUAUUAUAUAUAUAUAGGUAAGAAAAAAUAUAAUAAAAAAAUACACAAAUAAAUUAAUAAUACAUAAACACAUGAUGCCAUAAACGCGAUAUAAUAAAAUAUACCACAUACACAUUGUAGAUCAUAACAAAAAAAAAUAAAAAACAAAAAAAAAAAUAAAUAAAUAAAUAAAAUAUUUAAAAAGAUAAAAAAAAUAGGAAAUGAUUUGGUAUAAAAAAAAAAAUAAAAUGCUAUACCUUAGUGGUAAUAUAGUUUAGUCAACCAGUCACAAAAUUAACCGCAAAUAGACACCGAAAUCACUAGGAUUUAAUAAGUAAAAAGCAAUGAAUAAGAACGGCAAAAGUUAAGUAUAAAUAACAAAAAAAAAAAAAAAUAAUAAUUAAAAU